AAUGCACAUAUCAAUUAAUGAAGUUUAAAUAUUAAAAUCUGUCUGAACAAUUAUCUUAUCGAAGCUUAUAAAUUGUUGUUACGAUAAUUUCUUAAAUCAGUUUGUUAGUGUGAUAAAGAAAAUGUGGGCUAUAUUGCAAUUUGUUUAUUACUCCGGUUAUUAUUUUGCGCUGUUUUUAAGCCCUUGGUUGGUGUUUUAUAGACGAAGUGAACAUUCCAGUAAAGAUUGGUUUUAUUAUUUUAAACUAAGACAUGCGAAAAACGCUAUAAACAAUGUACAAAAGAACAAGAGAGAAAAAACUAAAAGAACCGGGGACAAAUUGGAUUAUAAAAUUGAUAUUCCCACGAAACAGCACACCUCAAGCAAUUUCAUCUACGGGUACGACCAGAAGGGCAACAGUCUCAAUAUUAGAUUCACCUUGCACUUCAACAACGUCGCUGAGGUGUUUCUGAGUUUGAGACUGGCUAAUGGAAAAAAGUACUUGCUCCCUGGCAACGACGAAGUGAAAUUCUAUAGUGUGCCACAGCUGCAAUGGAAAGCCAGAGGUUUGAACAUCGAAAUAUUAAACCCCUUCAGGAAGAUGCGUGUUACCUUCAAUGGCUUGUUGAAAGAAACAUCUUCAGACAUUGCCUCCAUUGAGCACGUCCAGUUCAACUUCAUAUGGAACGCUGCAAGUGCCCCAUCGUUUUUCCCUGAAGACUACAACACCUCGCUUCUCUCCCAGGGUGUGGCCAAUGAACAUUGGCGUGAUGGAAACUGGUUGAACCUUCUGCCAAAUAUCAAAGGUUACGAGCAAUUUGGAAGCUUGCACGGCUUCUACAAGCUUGAAUCUGGCCAAGAAACUGUCAUAAACUUGCCUGGUUUUCGCACAAAAAUAGAAGGCGUCAAACCAAAUCUUACGUUAAACCGCGAGGUGAGAAUUGCUCUGGCUGCCGAAGAUGGAACAGUUAUCAGUCUAACGCUUCAACAAUACAAAAACGGUUGCUCCGAAUUUUGCUACGGACAGAUUUACAAAGCUGACAACUUCAUUUAUCCGAUCACCGAUAAAGAUUUGGUAUUGCAAGAGGUGGGGGAGCAUGGAAGUCUUCCUUCCAUGUUCAAGGCUCACAUCACCUCUGACAAAAGGGUUUACCACUGCGUCUUCCACUUAAACGUGAACCAGGCGGCCAAAGUGAGGAGCAACGAGGAGAACGGGUACGAAUUGUACAGCGUACCAUGUGAAAUAGAUCUGGAUACGCAGCAAGCUCGUGGUUCAGUCGAAUUUUGGUACUACAAGCUGGGUGAUGGUAUCACAACGCCUCCUCCACUUCUAACGGAGGCAAUCGUUGAGAGUUUACCUGAAGAUCUAGUGGCAGAUAUUAACGGUGAAACGGCACAAAUUUUAGAUCUGACCGGAGGAAAAGGCAACUCCCUAGCUUUGAUGUCUUCGUUGGAUCAAUCACACUUUGUGGUGCCGGGAGGAUUUGUAGUGACAACAAACGCCUUUAAACGGCAGUUAAAGGAAAACUUGAAGCUGAGGAAGUCUGUGGAAAUUUUAGACGACAUUUGUUGUGGCCGAGAAGGUGGAGUUUUGGAAGUGGCGUGCAAAGAAACCAUACACACAUUUGAAACGGAACAAGUAAUUGGUGAGGUGAAAGAUGCCAUUAUCGACGGACUUAAAAAAGCUAAGCAACAAUCUGGUGGUGGUGACGGUGAACGAUGGGCGGUACGAUCUUCCGCAAUCGGAGAAGACUCCGAAGAUCUAUCCGCUGCAGGCCAAAACGAAACGUUCCUUGGUUGCAUCAGCGACGAAGACGUCAUUGAAGCUGUCAGAAAAUGUUGGGCUUCGUUGUUUACCUUCCAAAGUGUCCAGUAUAGAUGGCAACAUGGUUUACCUGUGAAGGCCGAAAUGGCUGUUGUGGUGCAAAAAAUGGUACCCGCUGAAGCUGCAGGCGUUUUGUUCACUUGUCAUCCCUCUACUUCAAACCCGUCUCAGAUGGUUGUCACAUCCAAUUAUGGACUUGGAGAAAGUGUAGUUUCUGCUAAAAGUGACCCAGACACUUUCAUCCUCAAGAAGACCUACGAAGGUGAAAUAAGCAUCAUCGAAAAAACUGUGGGGAAAAAGGCAGUCCUUAUUCAAAUGGGUGACGAUAAUGGAGUGCAAGAGCAAGAUUUAGACGAGCAAAAGUCAUCAUCUUUAAGCUUAACAGAUGACCAAGUAUUACUCUUAGGAGAAGUAGGCGUUUACUUAGAAAAUCAAUUUGGUGGACCCCGAGACAUAGAAUGGGCCUUCCAUAAGAAUAGGUUGUAUUUGCUCCAAUCCAGACCAAUAACCACCCUAAACACCUGGUCCGAUUUUGAACUACUCCACGAGUACGACAGUGCAGUGAUGACUGAGCAGGAGUACUUUACAGUUGCAAACGUUGGAGAAGUCAUGCCAGGAGCCUUGACCGUGCUCUCCCAAACUACCGCCCAAGUAAUUGCAAACAAGGCAGUACAACUGGCUUUGAAAGAGAAUUACCAGCCUUACGUGAUGAAGUGCCUCCAAACAGCUCAGCAUCACGUCGUAAUCAACGUUAUUAACUCCAUACACAGAAGCAUUCGUGCAAAAAUUGACACGGCAGCCAAAGUAUUGGAUCUGGCAAUUUUUGGUCAUCCUGUAAUAGACGAACGCAUGCACCAAAUCGCUUUAUCCAGGUACCCACCAAAUGCCAUAAAAAACCUUGUAGACUACUGGAACAUGAUCGAGAUGACCUGGCAAUGUCAAAAGGACGCCGUUAAAUUGCAGAAGCUGGUCGCCGACGUCAAAUUCGAUUUUAACAAGAAGGACGUGCUUGAAAUGCACGAGUUGAUCACCAAAGCCAUAGACGACUUGGGAUCUUAUUGCAAUGCUCAUUGUCAUACGACUACCGCCUCCGUGCUUUACCAGAUGAUCGCUUUGAAUGUGUUAAUGGGUAGUGAAACAGAUUUUAGUAUGGACCACUAUUCGGACUGCGCCUUGAUUUUGUCAUCGUGCGAGGACGUUGUGUCAGCGGAAAUACCCGUACUUCUUGAGGAUAUUGCUUUGGCCAUUCAAGAGGAGGGUUUUUCUGAAAGCUUCAGAAACAUAGACCCAAAGGACGGAGUUGAAUACCUUAAGAACAACUGCAAUAAAGCUUAUAAGUUGUUGCAAAACUUCCUGACACUACACGGUCAUAGGCUGUUAGGAGAAUUUGAAAUCAGGGAAGAAGCAUGGGGCACGAACCCCGCAAAAGUAAUACAAAUGCUACAAGCAAAUUGCUCAGUUGUAAUCACAAAGAAGGAAAAGAAAAUGAAUACUGUGGACGAUGUUAUCAGUAAACUGGUAACUGUUAAAAGUUUAAUACCAAAGAUGAUUCUAAAAUUUUUAAUAUCCAAAAUGAGAGUGGCAGUGGGAUUUAGGGAAAAAACUAAAUCUGAAGUUAUUAGAGGCAUAAACAAGGUGAGACUUGCCUACAGUCAAUUUGGUGAUGAACUGGUAGCACUGGGUAUUUUACCAAACAAAGAUUUGAUGUACCACUUGGCCCACCACGAACUAGAGCAGAUCAUUAAGAAAAGGAACCCUCUCAUCAUCAGCAAGGCUAUGAGAAGACAAAGGUUGUAUCCGAAGUGGAACAAGCUAAGAUUCGAGGAAGUAAUGCGCGGAGUACCAGAAGCAGAAAAAGAACAAGAACUAGUCUAUGGAAAAAGCGACAUAAGUUGUCUGGGUACGCCUGUUUGUACCGGAGAUGUUAAAGCACGUGCCUGCGUCAUAACCAGCCUUACUGACAUCGACCAGUUGCAAACUGGGGAUGUUUUGAUCACCUACAGUACUGACAUUGGUUGGUCGCCAUACUUUCCGAUGUUGUCUGCAGUUAUCACCGAGUUGGGAGGUUUGGUGUCACACGGUGCUGUCGUCGCCAGGGAGUACGGCUUGCCUUGCAUCGUUGGGGUGAAGAACGUCACCAAGAUAUUUAAAACCGGAGACGUGGUCCAAAUGUCCGGAAGCCAAGGCCGCAUUGAGUUAGUGUCACGAGAAUGUUAACUAAAUAAAUAUUAGAACCAAUAUAA